GCCAGACAAAAUGUUAUUUUAUAGCAACGUAAUCUGUUUCAAUACUCUUUUUUUUAAAUUCAGUCAUAAAAUCAUUUUUUAUGACAUUCUACACAUAAUUUGAUGACGUUUACACAGCACAGUGUCCGUUCGUCGAAAAAUUAGCAGUAAAGUAGAUAAUGGCUGAUGAUAAUGUUGAAGAAUUUUUAGAAGAUGAAUCUUUAUCAGAAAAAGAAUUCCACCUUCAGAAUCCUGAUGUAGUUAUAAGGGGGACAACUCUGAGACACUCUGCUACUACAGAUACUUUAGAUUCUGUAUAUCUAGAACCAACAGCAGUUGAGGAAGACGUUCAAGAUAUUAUAACAGCCAUACCAGAUUUAGUUAAAGAAUCUACAGACAGUGAUUCUGCCACUGGUAUUCUGGAAGAAACGAUAGGGACUGUGAUUGACGUGGGAAAAAAAGUGAUAGAUCAAAUACCUGAUGUGGGAAAAAAAGUGAUAGAUCAAAUCCCUGGUCUAGUAAAGGACCUAAAAAACACAAAUGAGGCUCAAGGCCAAAUGAAUAUAAGUAGUUAUUUUGCUGAUCAAAACUCACUUGACGACCCUUUCAAUAGCUCAGCUUUUGUAAAUGUAUCAUCAGAAGAUGCUAUUCAAACAAAAGAAGAAAAGAUUCUGGAAGAUAAUGUGUUUGACAAUUUUGUUGAAGAAGAAAGCAAUGUGCACCAACAUUUAGAAUCCAGACUCUCUCAUGAAGAACCAGAAAGUGUUGACUUUCAGGUGGAAAGUGAUGUAAACGUGAUGGAGGCCUCAUUACAAUUGAUUGAUGACAAAGAAGAUUUUGAAAUGUUUACUGCAGAAAAUGACCCUGACCCUGAAUUCACUGAGUAUGGUGUUUCUCCUGGGAGUAGUCUACUUUCAGAGAGAAUACAUCAGAUGCACUUGUCUGAAUCUGAUCAGAAUGAAUCAGAACAAUCUGGAUUUGUUGGAAGUAUUGACAGGCAACUGUCGUCUGCUAGUCAUCAUUCUGUUGGCAGUGAACCAAUAAUAUCUCCAUUACCAGUGUCACAGUUUUCGUCUAACCAGUUUUCUCCUUUUGCUACACCAACACAUCAACCAGUACCACUGCCACCUGUACCAGCAAGUCAACUACCGAGUCAGCCAACACCAACACAUCAAAAAGUCCAUUCGCCCUUGGCUAACAUCCCACCAAGUCAACCACUGAGUCAGCCAGCAGCUGAGACAAACCCAUCAUUUGAAACAGCGACUCCAGUAAUACCAACUGAAAUACCCUUAAAAACACCACCUCACACCACAGCAUUCUCAGAUACAACCGGAGAGGAUUUGUUUCUGUCAAGUAUACAGAUGAGUGAUUCAGAUCGUCAACAUGAUGCUUGGUUACCUGGAGAUCAUUCAAACUUUACACCUGUAGCAGAAAAUCUUAGUACACCAGGCUUGGUAGUUAAUGAACCUCAGGGUGACCCAGUGAGAGAUUUAGUAUAUCGUUAUAUGGGAGAACAGGAGGCUAUAAAGAGACAGGUGCUGACUAUAGACAGUGUUACUCAAAAUAUAGAAGGACUACAAAAAUUGAUUGCUGGAGGGUGUUACAGAUCAGCAGUAGAUUUAACAGGGAGGUUGUUAACAGAGACAGGACAGGGCCCAGAUCAAGUGGGACAGAUAACUACUCAUACAACUCAUUCUCUACAGUUAUGGUUUUGUCGCUUUGCCUUGCUGAUGAAGUUGAGAUAUUAUAGUAUUGCUGAAUCAGAAUUCCAAGCUUUCCAGAAUCUAGAUACUCCUGAUCUCUACUAUGAAUAUUAUCCAAGGAUGUAUCCAGGCAGAAAAGGUUCAAUGGUUCCUUUUGGUAUGAGAAUACUACAUGCUGAACUUCCACAUUAUUUAGGCAGGUCACACGAAGCUUUAGAUAGACUAUACUAUGUAUUAGCUGUUGCACAAAAGAUAUUGAUAAAUCUUGAAGAUGGUUUGGCUGAAGAUGGAAGUGCAGUAGAGAUUACUUCAGAAAGUAGAAAAGUUUCCAAAGAAUUAUGGCAGGAAAGAGAAAAACAAGUAUUAUAUAUCAUAGGAAAUACAUUCCUGGCAAUUAAGGAUUAUGAAGCUGCUGUUAGUGUAUAUGAUUCUACCCUGAGUAAAGAUUGUUCUUGUAAAGCUGACCUUUUGAGUGGCAUUGGGAGAAUAUACUUACAGAUUGGUAAUGUACCAAAAGCAAAAGACUGUUUUAAACAAGCAGAAGUACUCUCUGAUAGUCAAGAUAAAUAUGUUAAAUGUAGAAAUUUUAUUAACAGAGGUUUAGAGGGCAUGUGUUUAAACAACUUUUCAGAAGCAUUCCAGAAUUUUAAAAGUGCUGUUGAAUGUGAUCCCAAAAAUUCUUCAGCUGUAAAUAAUAUGGCUGUUUGUUCCUUGUACGUUGGAAAGUUAAUGGAAGCUUUAAAGAGUCUGGAAGUCUUAGUACAUGAAGAUCCAGAGAGGAAUUUACAUGAAGGAGUUUUAUUUAACUUGUGUACUUUAUAUGAACUAGAAUCAUCAAGAGCUUUACAUAAAAAACAAGCGUUACUGGACCUGGUCAGCAGACAUAAGGGGGAUGGAUUUCCUGUUGCUUGUUUGAAAAUGGCUUGAAUAUUGCUCCAUAUACUGACUGCUUUGUAGAAUUUGAGCAGUAUCUUCUGAAAAAUAACUGGAUAUUGUUUAAAAAAACCCAUUUAGACUGGAAUUAAAAAAAUAUAUUACAAAUUCAUUUAAGUUAUCUACUUGUAAAAGAUACAAUUGCUUUGAGAAACAGUAUUCUGUACAUUUAGGUGAUAAGGGACCAACUUAAUCAGUAUCAAUACAUUUCAUUAUAAAGUCACAGUUCUAUUUGUAACUUUGAUGUAGCUUCUUAUAUUAUUUCCUAAGGUUUUAAUUUGAACUGAUAUUGUUGUCAAUAUAUUUUUGAAACAUCUUUAAAUCACCUCAACAAGUGCUGUUAGUGUAGUGUUCAAAAAAUAUAUCUAACAUUCAAAAUAACCUACAUUGAAUUGUACAAGUGACCAAACAUUUUCCCCAAAUUAUUGUCAUAGGACCCAAAUUGUUUGAUGAAUGAUUGGAGUUGUUGAGUAUUACUCAAUGAAACCUAUGCCUACAAACAAAACAUGACCAUCCUUUAUUAAAUGAACUGAUUAGACCGUUGGUUUUCCCGUUUGAAUGGUUUUACACUAGUAAUUUUGGGGCCCUUUAUAGAUUGUUGUUCGGUGUGAGCCAAGGCUCCGUGUUGAAGGCCGUACUUUAACCUAUAAUGGUUUACUUUUUAAAUUGUUAUUUGGAUGGAGAGUUGUCUCAUUGGCACUCACACUACAUCUUCCUAUAUCUAUGAGACACAUCAUAUUAAUUAAAAACAACUUUGCAUUUUACAGAGAGUUGCCAUGGACACCUUUUAUCUAACAGAUAUAGGUCAGAAACAUUGAGAUGUUUUGAUGCAUUUAUUGUGUUUUUGGUUACUUUACUCCCUACCUUUUUAUCCAAAUCUAUUGAAGGACAAAACAUAUAGAGAAGAAGGCACAGAUCAUAAUUAACAUUUAAAAUCUUGUGCAAUGCCCUGUUUAAAUAUGUGUAUGUUAUUCUUCAAAGUGGCAAUAGGUAUAUUGAUAUUUAAGGACAUGCCUAAGUAUUUGAAUAUUAAUUUGAUUUUGACUAUCAUCAUUAAUAAAUAUGAUUGUUUUGCUACAUGAAUAUUUGAAAAGUAGUGUGGGACCACAUUGUUAAAAAAAUAAUAAUUGAAUUAUUUCUUUAAUGAAAUCAGUAUAUGUAAAUUUAGAAUAAGUUUUCAAUAGGGAUAGUGCAAUAAUUUUCUCACA